AUGGAGGGCGGCUUCACGGGGCAAGAUGAGUACCAGAAGAAUUUCCUGCCCGGGGACUACCUGGCCACCUACUACAGCUUUGACAGCGGCCCCUUGCCCGAGACUGAGAUGCUCAAGUUUAACCUUGAGCAUCCCCACAAGACGUUUGGCCCUGCCUUUGGUGACACUCAGCUCACCCGGGCCGCCUUCCCGGGUCAUCUCUUUCUCAGCCCCCUGCUUCCUGCUCCUGCCCAUCUCCCCUGGCCCGCAUUUCACCCAAUGGAAUCCAUCCAGGCCAGGCUGGACAUCAGCAGCUGGUGGCAGGAGAAGGAGAAGGGGAAGAAGCUGUGAUCCACGGUGAAGCGGGUGCUCAAGCGUGACAUCCGCCUGGGCAACCCGCUGGCCCCGGCUGUGCUGCCCCCCGCCGACUGCGUGCUCAUCCUGCUGGCCGUGGAGUGCGCCUGCUGCAGCCUGGAUGCCUACCGUGCUGCGUUGUGCAACCUCGCCUGGCUGCUCAAGCCGGGGGGCCACCUGGUGACCACGGUCACUCUCCAGGUCUCGUCCUACAUGGUGGGGAAGUACAAGUUCUCCUCUGUGGUCCUGGAGAAGGAGGAGGUGGAGCAGGCUGUCCUGGAUGCUGGCUUUGAUAUCAAGCAGCUUCUGCAUAGCCUCCAGACCUACUCCGUCACUAACGCUUCCAACAGCAGGGUCUGUCUCAUUGCGGCCCGCAAAAGGUCUGAGCCCUGA